AUGCCGGUGGACUACAACUCAGCCCACACAUUAGGAUGGAUGGAAACUCAUUGCACACAACUGCAGGCAAGUUAUGCCCAACCUAACAGUCGGCAUUACCACCUGGACCCCCAGGUUCUCUGCUUUACCAAGGGAGAGGAGCCACAGCAGGCAGAACGGCCAAUGCAGAUGCAGAAGCGGCGUAACCCGAUCACACUGCCGCCCUUCCUGCAGAGGGCAAAGAAGCCAACAUGCCUGAAAACCGAGGCUUAUAAGGCCGAAGUGCACUCUGAGUUCGGUAAACUGCUGCGUGACCUGAACAAAUCAGAUGCUCCGUACGCCCUCAGCGUUGCCAACAGACUGUACGGAGAGCAGUCCUACCAGUUUGUUGAGGAUUUCUUACGAAAAACCAAGAAGCACUACAAUGCUGAGCUGGAGUCUGUGGACUUCAGCGGCAACUCAGAGGCAGCCAGGGUCAACAUCAACAGCUGGGUGGAGGAACGAACUCAAGGUAAAAUUAAGGAUGUGUUGGCCAAGGGUGUGGUGGACAGCUUGACCAGGUUGGUGCUGGUCAACGCCAUCUACUUCAAGGGCAACUGGAACAAGCUGUUUAAGGAGAUCGCGACACAUGACGUUCAGUUUAAAAUCACCAAGGUAACACUACAGCAGAAUAGACACAGAUACAUAAGUUUUGUAAUAUUUUACCUCUCUCCUUUAACAGGCAUGUCUCCUGCUAAUGACCUGGUGCUGUCAAAAGUCGUCCAUAAGGCUUUCGUGGAGGUCAACGAGGAGGGAACUGAGGCUGCUGCUGCCACCACCGCUGCUUUCAUGACGCCGCGCUGUGCCAUGCGUACACCCACCUUCAUCGCAGACCACCCCUUCCUCUUCUUCAUCCGACACAACGCUUCCAAUAGCAUCCUCUUUGCUGGCCGAUACUGCUCCCCUGAGUGAGCGCCGUAUCGUUUAGAGCAGUGUUUCUCAACUGGGCUGGAAGGUUUAAACACAUUUAAACUGCAAUAGUGUCAAGUUAUGUUCGGUAUCACUGGAAGAAUGUUGAGAAUAAUUGCUCUAGAGUUUCUUAUUGCUAAUCACACGCUGAGUUCCCGUCCGAUAUUUCCAACACCCGGAUUAUGAGUAAAAACAUCGGUGUUGGAUUUUCUAAACCUGUGGCUUCCAUUUGUGUCACUUAUCACAUGAAUGGUUCCGAAUUUUUCCUGUGCCUUGAACAUUCAGUUCUUGCACUGUGUAGCCUCAUCUCAUUGUUUACUUUAUGUCUGUAAUGCACGUAUGGCCCUAUUUGCUGCAGUCUUACACUCGACCCUGAUUUAUUUCACCCAUAUUGUCUAGUUCAUGUUAUACCUUACAGCCUUUAAAAGAAUGUAAGUUUAUAUUGUGCCUUUGUCACCCAGCAGCUGUACCUUUUGGCUAGAAUAGUCUCUGCACUUUAUCUACAAAACAAGCAGUUUCACUGUUUUAUAUUUUUGCUUGACCAAAAAGAAUGAAGUGAUUCAAUGACAAUACCGGAUGCAUGUCUUUGAUAGUUAUGUCAAGUGCAGUUACAUGUAACUGUACCGUUAUGCACAGAAUAAAAAUAGAUUACAAAUAACGAGAGCUUAGUGAAGCUUUGAACUGGCUUUGAGUGCAGGUCCUUUUGAUGUAUCCCUAUGUUUUUACGCAUGGAAUAAAAGUGUGUGGUUUGCAACGA